AUGAGCUUGGUGUCGGACACCUGCUAUUUGGAACCGGAUGACGAAGGAAAGUCAUGGGCCAAGGUCGCGAGCAAUGUUCCAGAUCCCCCAAAGUGUAUCGAGACGUGUCGAGCCCGAUUUCUUGAGAGUGUAGUACCUGGCUUCGACAAGACGAGGUACCCCGAGGUGUGUAAAGCGCUGUCUAAUGGUCAAAAGGCGGCGGAAAGACUAUGGGAGGUAUAUUGCUGCGAUUCAGCAUCAUGCGGAGUCCAGCUGAAUGGGAACCUCGGCCAAGAUCCCAGUGUCAACUUCAUCAUCAAUACCUGUCAAAACCUUGGCUCCGGCAUCAUUCAAGACCCGGGUCCGCCGCCAGCCGGAUAUACCUGCCCCAUGUCAUCCGUCGGCGAGCCCAGUAAUCCGUGCCCGAAACCUUUCAUGAUGACCGAUGCAAGAGGUCCUGUCUCGAGCAAUACCAACUCUCUGGCGACACCUACUCCGGACUUUAUAACAAUCACAUCGUCUACGUCAAUCGUCACAGGUCAUCUCACACAGACCACAACAUCGACAAUGCAGACCACAGGCGCCAUGUCGAAUUCCAGUCACUAUGAAGAAGAUGGACACGCCGUUUUGCCGACGGGUGCCAAGGCGGCCAUAGGGGCUGCCUCUGGCAUAGCUUUCCUUGCGAUCCUGGCCUUUGCCAUAUGCCUCCUGCGCCGCCGGACACGCAGUCGAGAUACGACGAUCGAGAUCACGCACCAGGACGUACAGGAAGCCAGCCCACCCACUCCCUUGCUGCCGCCUUUGGGCUCGGCACAUGGAGCCAUCCAUGCUCCUCCACUAACGCCGCCGCCACGUCUCCAAGAGCGUAGACUACUUCCAGUCUCUCCCAGCCCGAGCAGACCAAGCAUCAUCAUCACCACUCCCAAAGCACCACUGGGCGCCGUCGUAGCGCAGGGAGGCCCUUUGUCAAAAUCCUCAGUCUCCUCCCUGACGUCCAGCAGACACUCGCCUGGGUUUGACCGCUCAACCAAGCCAUACUACCGCGUACCCCCGCCGGGCGACCUCGCAGGCGGCCCACAGGCCGGGAAGACGGCAAGCAUGAGCAGCGCUACGAGCGGACGCACAGCCACCACAGUAUCCAGCAUCUCGAGCUCGUUUCCGGCCCUUGCUCCGUUGUCGCCGACGCGCCCUGUCCGUCCCUGCGACAAGCUGCUCCGCAUACCAGAUCUUGUGUGUCCCGGCCCGCCACCCAACCGAUCGCUGCCUUCUCCACCGUCUCGGAGCCCCUCAGGACCUGCGGCUCUGUCCCGGGACCAGCAGCAGCACACGGAGAGUCGCAGCAGUGGCGAGCGCGUACCGCCGCGGCAAGCUGCUCCAGGGGUGAUUCCGAGGGAGGAACCGAAGCAUGUAUACAUUUCGACAAAGACUAGUACCCGAGAGUCGUUGGAGAGGGAUAGUUGGGGCAGCUGGGGAGCGCGGGGCGGCGGGGCGGGAAUCGGGGUGAGUUCGGCACAAAACGAGGAUGGAAGAAUGGACAGUCCUGUACUGGAAGGUGCGGAUCUGGAGAGGAUAGGCGGCAGAUACUGA